GACCAACCCGCGUACUGUGGCCUUACUACUCUCAUUAUGACCCUCAACACUCUAGGAAUUGAUCCUUGGAGGACCUGGAAGGGAGUUUGGCGAUGGUACGAUGAGCAUCAUCUCGGUGCAUGCUGUAUCGACUUGGACGAGGUUGCUUCUGAGGGUAUCUCCAUCGACACUUUCGCGUGCCUGGCGCGAUGUAAUGGUCUCGGUGCCCAUGUCUACAGACCUCCCAUUGUAA